CAGUCCAGCUUUUCAUCUCCAGGAUCAAGAGAUUCCCGAUUUACGAAUUAAUUUGGACUGGUUUGAAGUUUGCAUGCCUGUUUUCUCAAAAGCAAGGUCACAAUGUCGCGGGCUUCGAAAAUUACAUUCGCAUGCACCUCGCUCGCGACCGCAGGCAUAGUCUAUUUUGUUCACUGGUCCCAGGAGGCAGAUAAAGCUGCGAUGCAUGCUGGCGUGCUGAGAGAUCUCGAAAACCAGAAGGUUAAGCGCGAACGACAGUUGGAUUUUGAGAUGCAGAGGCGAUUGGAGGAGGAGUAUCGGAAGAUUCAAACAGUAUCGGACGGGAGUAUCCCGGCCGCUAGUGGCAGCACAGGAGUGAGCCCAGGAACUUAGCCUGUGAGCUUCCAGCGCAACCAAUCGCAAAAAAUCUGCAGGGUGGAAAAAUCAACUACCCCUCUUCCCGGGACGCCAGCCUGAGUUACUUUCUCGAUUCAGUGCACCGCUCCUCUACCACUAGGGGUUCUAUCCGGCCUCCCAAGGACUCUGAGAAAUCGACCGCGGGAAACUAUGUUUAUUCCGAAACUUCUCCGAAAAGACACUCUUCACUCACGGAUAUUCCACACGCUCGCUGCGUGCCAUAUAUUUCCAUAUAUGAAUUGAAGCUUGGAUAUUUACCCGAGCAUCGAAGGAUCCCGGGUUAAGCGCACUAAUGGGUUGUGGUGCACUUAACAUAAUGUACAAUAUUUCAGCCCUCAUAGAUACCCAAAAUGAUAGACACUGAAGCUAGAAACAGCCUAACAGAGCGUUGAAUGUGUCUUGUUGCCAUCACGUUCGAGGAGAAUGGAUAGGAUGUUAUUGC